UCCACGCUCCCACUCCAGGGCUCUGCUCGCAUGGGCAGGAGCUGGGAGGGGAGGGUUUAUCGCGCUCUCUCUCUAGCCUUUAACCAUAAUUAAAUCUCAACAGCCAUUUAGUGCCUCCCCCCGAGCCCCCUUAGAAGUGAGAUCCGGGGUGGGGGGAGGGGUGGCACUGUUGGGUGUUUCCCUGUCUUGCAAGGUCACUAAUUCCGGAGCAGGGAGACCCCCGGAGCCAUGGCCGAGAGGAGGCAGAAUGAAGAAGAGGAGGUCCCAGCCUUCUUCAAGAACCUGGGCUCAGGCAGCCCCAAGCCCCGGCAAAAAUUCUGUGGCAUGUUCUGCCCGGUGGAAGGCUCCUUGGAGAACAAGACCAUCGAUUUCGAUUCUCUCUCGGUGGGACGGGGAGCCAGCAGGAUCGUGGCUCAGCAGAGGGAUGUGGCCCACUUGGGCUCGGAUUCCCAGUCCCUCUCUUCCAGGCAGGGCAGGAAGGGAGGGGAGCCAUCUGUUGAAUUCGGGAGAAAGGUGGAGAUCAGGGCGGCUGCUGGCAAAGAGGCGCUGCAGAACCUCAAUGACAAGAGCGAUCGUCUUUUGAUCAAGGGUGGUAAAAUAGUUAAUGAUGACCAGUCUUUCUAUGCAGACAUUUACAUGGAAGAUGGGUUGAUAAAGCAAAUUGGAGAGAAUCUGAUUGUGCCCGGGGGAGUGAAAACCAUUGAAGCCCAUGGCCGGAUGGUGAUCCCUGGGGGAAUUGAUGUCCAUACCCGCUUCCAGAUGCCAGGCCAGGGAAUGAUCUCUGCGGAUGACUUCUUCCAUGGAACCAAGGCUGCCCUGGCUGGAGGCACCACGAUGCUCAUUGAUCACGUAGUUCCGGAACCAGGAACCAGCUUGAUCACGGCAUUUGACCAGUGGCGAGAAUGGGCGGAUAGCAAGUCUUGCUGCGAUUACUCUCUGCAUGUGGAUAUCACGGAGUGGCAUAAAGGGGUUCAGGAGGAGAUGGAAGCCCUGGUGAAAGACCACGGUGUGAAUUCCUUCCUGGUUUACAUGGCCUUCAAAGAUCACUUCCAGCUAACAGAUUCUCAGAUAUAUGAGGUCCUGAGCGUAAUCCGUGAUAUAGGUGCCAUAGCUCAAGUUCAUGCUGAGAACGGUGACAUCAUUGCUGAGGAGCAGCAAAGGAUCCUGGACCUGGGAAUCACAGGCCCUGAAGGGCAUGUACUGAGUAGACCUGAAGAGGUGGAGGCCGAAGCAGUGAACCGGGCAAUAACCAUCGCCAACCAGACCAACUGCCCUCUGUACAUCACCAAGGUGAUGAGCAAAAGUGCCGCAGAUGUUAUUGCUCAGGCCAGGAAAAAGGGCACCGUGGUCUAUGGUGAGCCCAUCACAGCAAGCCUGGGGACCGAUGGAUCUCAUUACUGGAGUAAGAACUGGGUCAAGGCUGCAGCCUUUGUCACCUCCCCACCACUGAGCCCUGACCCAACCACUCCUGAUUUUCUCAACUCCCUGCUGGCUUGCGGAGAUCUGCAGGUAACUGGCAGUGCCCACUGCACCUUCAACACUGCCCAGAAAGCUGUUGGAAAGGACAACUUUACCUUGAUCCCUGAAGGAACCAAUGGGACUGAAGAAAGAAUGUCCAUCAUCUGGGAUAAGGCUGUGGUGACUGGUAAAAUGGAUGAGAACCAGUUCGUAGCUGUGACCAGCACCAAUGCUGCUAAGAUCUUCAACCUGUAUCCACGGAAGGGCCGCAUCGCUGUGGGCUCGGACGCUGACCUUGUCAUCUGGGAUCCUGACAGUAUCAAAACAAUCUCUGCCAAGACUCAUAACAUAACUCUGGAGUACAAUAUCUUUGAAGGCAUGGAAUGCCGUGGGUCUCCAUUGGUGGUUAUCAGCCAGGGAAAGAUUGUGUUGGAGGAUGGGAACCUCCAUGCAACUGAGGGCUCUGGACGAUACAUCCCCAGGAAGCCAUUCCCUGACUUUGUUUACAAGCGCAUCAAGGCAAGGAGCAGGCUGGCCGAGCUGCGGGGCGUCCCCCGGGGCCUGUACGAUGGGCCCGUCUGCGAAGUAUCAGUGACACCGAAGACUGUCACACCAGCAUCCUCGGCUAAGACGUCUCCAGCCAAACAGCAGGCCCCACCUGUCAGGAACCUCCACCAGUCUGGAUUUAGCUUGUCUGGUACAUACUUAUGUGCACAGAUCGACGACAAUAUCCCCCGCCGCACUACUCAGCGCAUAGUGGCGCCGCCCGGUGGACGUGCCAACAUCACCAGCUUGGGUUAAGGAACUAACCUCUCUGAGGCCGCCUAGCGGACCAGGGGAGGGGGCAGGGUACUUGGAGACCCUUUUGAUUCUUUUAGAGCCUGUGACAGUUACUGCGGGCAACCAGUGUGCUAUGAUGCCAUUUUCAGUCCCCCCAAUCCAUCCUCCUCAUCGUCACCGAUCCCACUCAAUUCCCCCUCCCCCCGAUCCCACCACAUUUAAAGAAACAAACCCGGUUUGAUAUGCUGGACAGGCAAAAAUUCAGUUUAAAGAGGGUGUUUGAGAUGUGGCCUCUGUUCCCAUUAAACAUCUCUCUUUUGACAAAGGAAGGAUAAAGUGAAUUUCCCGGGAGCUGCCUUUUAAAAAAAAUAAAAUUUAAAAUUGCUUUUAGAGACAUCCAACCCAGCAGUAAUUCAAGGCGUUUUUAAACUGGAUAUUCCUUAGGGUCCUGACCUGCAACAGGACAACUAAAUGGAGGGCAGAGGAACACAAGUCUAAACUUGUAUCAACAUUCUCCCCAUCAACCAUUCUGUGAUCUCCCUGGGUAUCUUAUUACAAAUAGGAACCCUGUGCUAGAAAUUGACAAGAUGCAUCUUACCCAGUUGGGUUGAGGUUUUGUGGUGUUUUUCCUUCUGGAUUUUUCUGCAAAUUAGAUCCUUGAGGAAAUUUAAAAAAUUAAGUACUUUUUAAAAUGUUUUGUACCAUUGUGUUUGCAGAGUCUCAUCUCAGAGUGGACAUCCCUCCCCCAUUCUCUCUCCCCUUCCCUAGCGUCAUUUGUGUCCUAGCUUCUGACCAUCACCACAAUCCUUUGGUUGUAGAAGUUCAUAGCAUCAUUUCAGCAAGCACUUGAAACUUGUGUUAGUUCAUGGACACUUCUAGGCCUCAAAGUGAAGCCAUGAUCUCCCUCAAAAUGUCUCAGGUCCUCAUCAGGUGUCAAUCAGCCUAGCACCAUUGAAGUUCACACUUAAUUGACACCAGCUGCGAUCUGGAACAAAGUCCCAUGAAAACCUUUCCUCAACAGACUUUUCAUUUGGGGAGAUGAAACUCCAUAAACGGAGAUUUUAGUCAAUAAACUAGGUUCAUUUGGCAGUAUGUUAAAUUCAAUAGCCACCCCUCCUUUGAUGAUCAGAAAAAGAGUAGAACUCACAAGAGCAGUCAUUUAAGAUAGAAAUAAACUUUGUUAGUAUCGUGUAAAGACCCCUCGUGAAAGCAUACAAGAAAGGGCUUACCAAUGGCAAUUCCAAUUAUUGGGCCAGAGCUACAGCUAGUGUAAAUGGCAACUUUGUGGUAGCUAUGCUGAUUUACACCAGCUGAGGAUUUUGCCAGUGAUUUGGGACAUCGUUAUACAAUAGAUCAUUGCACAAGGGCAAAUUUCAUCCUACUGGAAACACCCAGGAGAAGGCCUAUAUUUAACCCACCCUAACUUAGGGUCAGUGGUAGUUCUUUCUCCUUAUAUACUAGCUAAAUCCCAUAUAGAGAUUGCUUAGUGCCUGUGAGCUAAGGCCCAGAUCCUCAAAGGUAUUUAGGUGCCUAACUCCCAUGGAAAUCAGUGAGCGUUAGAUGCCUUUGAGGAAUUGGGUGCUGAUCCUUUAGCUCAAGCCAUGGAUGACUCUGGUUUCAGAUCCAGAUGGCAGUUGGUUCACAUGCAUCAUUUAAGUCCUACUCAAGCUGUAUUUUGAGAGCAUGGGGCCUUGGGCUGGUUCUUUGCACAGAGGGUAAUCUUUCACUCAUUGUCACAACAUUUAUCUUCACUGCCUUUUUGUCCCCUGCAGCUCUGGUAGAGCCAGGGUGGUCCCAGGAUAUGUGGGAGACAAGGUGGAUGAAGUAAUAUCUUGGUCCAUUAAAAGACAUUACCUCACCUACCUUGUCUUUUUGUCUCCUGGUAUUCAGUGGUGUCACCUGCUUCUUCGGUUUGUAUUUUCGCAUCUGCAUUCACUUUAUUUUUCCAUGUUUUAACUCUUUUAAAAUGGUGUUUACAGGUUCUUAAGGAAAAUAGAUAUAUGCAGGCUUUUAAAAACUAAAAACCAAAUCCGUUUUUGUAAAGUAUCAAAGCUGGGAUUUUCCAGUGAUCUUAAAGCAGUUUAGGUACCUAAGUCCCAUUGGAUCUCAACACCUAACUUUCAGUCUCCUUCAAAAAUAUCAGCCUUAAAAAAAAAAAAAAAAAACAGUAUGUUUAGUUGUCCAGCCAUGUUUGAUUUUGGUUUAACUUUUGGGUCUUUUGUUUUUUGUAAAAGAGAUUGCACUUUGUUAAAGUAAUCAGAAAAACCUAAUAUAUAUUACAGGUAUUUUUUCCACCUGUGCUUUGAAAUAAAUUGGAACAAGUUGGGGAGAAAAAAGAAACAGUCGUUUCAAUUCUACGAAACAUUUGCAGCUCUUCAGUAUUCACUUGAGUCUUCCUUGUUUUUUUUCCUUCACAGACUGACUUUUCAGAUAGUUUUGUUCAUUCAUUACAAAAGAAAAAAAUAUAAAGAUUUUUGCAGGCUAUGUAAGCAUGUUUUUCUGUGGGAGCUCAUUUGCUUUUUGUCUGUUUAAUGAAUGUCAUAUGUAAAUGCUUAAAGAAAAAAUGAGACUGACAAUUAACCGCAGUGACUUGAAGCUCUAAAAAUAAUAAACACUGUAGGAUUUAAUACUAGCUGGAUUUUAACCCUUGGAUUUGUGAUUGUGAACUAUGAGAGGAGGAGCUGUAAGUGCUAAAGAUGAUCAUGUGUGUAGACAAAAGUACUGAUAUUUGACCAUUGUCUCAACGGCAAACCCCACCCCAAAGUCUUGUGUUUUAUUCCUUACAAACUGUGUUAUAUUACUAUGGGAACGCCUAAUAAAGACAAAAUGUUGUGGUUCCA